AUGGCUGUGUUGGCAAGCUCUUUUUUGCAAAAAUAUCCGAUGAGAAAAUUCUCAACGGAAUUUAAACUGAACGAUUUGAUAAACAAGUAUCGACUGCGACACAGAAAUUUUUUUGUUGAGAUAUCUCAAAGUUGUUUGGUUUUAUUUUUCAUAUUAGCUAUAGAUAAUCGCAUUGCUGCUGUUUUUGGCCAUCGUUAA